UGAUGGUGUGCCAGCGGAAAUUGCGAUAGCCGUACUUGUAGGUGAAGGGAUGGAUGACGUGUUGGCAGUGGUCGUGUUCCCGGCAACAUCUGUCCGUCUCCUGGUGUGCUCCUGGAGGAGGAGGAUGGGGGCGAAAGGCAGUGGAAAGUGGAGGAGCGAAGGGCGGUGAAAACGUUGGCAACCCUAUUUCUGAAACUUGCCCUGAGUGGUUAAGGCUCCUAAACCUCAACAAGGAAGAACACAGGCAAACACCCGCCAGCAACGGAUUCCAGAGUCUCAGGACUGUGGAGGAGAAGAUUGCUUCACCCUCAUCUCUGGUAGGAAUCUCCAUUCCAAUGAGUCAGACCCUUGGUCCAUCUAGCUCAGAACUGUCUACUCUGACAGGUAGCAGCUCUUCAAGGUUUCAGAGAGGGACCUUCCUUGCUCAACUCUGGCUGGAGAAAGGAACAUAAGAAGCUGCCAUACCGAGUCAGACGCUUGGUCCAUCCAGCUCAGUAUGGUCUCCUACACUGACUGGCAGCAGCUCUCCGAGCUUUCAGGCCCGGAGUCUGUCUGGAGACACUGCCGGGGACUGAACCUAGGACUUUAUGCAUGCACAGCAGACGCUCCACCACAGAGCUCUGACCCCCAUCUCAGAGGAAGCUGCUCUUCCCUAGGUCCAUCUAGCCCAGGAUUGCCUACUCUGACUGGCAGCAGCUCUCCAGAAAGGAAUGUUUCUCAGCCCUACUUGGAGAUCAGGCCGGGGACUGAACUUUGGAACUGCUGCGCUCUGAGCUCUCUACAGUCCAUCUCCCGGGACUCCUGAGUAAGGCUCUCUCUACCUCCCUCCGGCUUGGCGAAUGAAUAGUGAAUAGUUCAACUUCAGUUGCCAGAGCAGCUGAGCCUGGGCUGCUGCCAGGAGGGGCUGGCUCUCCCAGCUGUUACUGUCUGUGGCCAGCAGCCUUCCCUCCCCUCGGCUCCAGUAUCCUUCUGGAUCCUACCAGGGCACGCCUGCCUGUGUGUUUUCAAGAGGCCUGUAGAGGAGCAGGGGGCUUCGCCCUUGAAGCUACAGGGACCCGACGUCUCUCUGCACCCAUUUCCUCUUCCAGCUAAUUCCUCACUCGUGGUCCCCAGCCCGAUGGACUUGCAUGGCAGUCCUGAAUCCCGAGGGCAGGGCUGGUACCUGAGCCUGAUGGCACCCAACGUCAAGGGCCCCGAGUAUGCCUGGCUGGACCCCUCUCGCCUCUAUUGCCAUGGGCAGGCCCUGCAGGACUGCAUUGAGGACUUGCUUCAACCUUUUCGGAAUGACGCCAUCGACUUGGUCGCUGGAAUUGAUGCGAUGGGCUUUAUUCUAGGUGCUGCGAUCGCCGGAACCUUCAAGAAGGGCUUUGUGGCCAUCCGCAAAGCCAAUCACCUCUGUGUGGACACCUUCUCAGAGCCUUAUCGGGACUACUCUGGCCGCGACAAAGUGAUGGAAAUGCGGACAGAUGCAAUCACACCAGGGCUUCGAGUUCUGCUGGUGGACCAGUGGGUUGAGACAGGGGGAACCAUGCAGGCGGCUGCCCGGCUGGUGGAGCAGCAAGGAGGCGUGGUAGCAGCACUCAGUGCUCCCUGCCUCUCCCUGCUAGGCAUCGCUGCCAUCUGCAUCGAAGACAGUGAGGGAGGCCGUUGGCUCAAAGACCACUACAAGUGGGCCCACUGUGUCCCACCCCACCUGAUGCCCCAGUUCAACGCUCACUACCUGGACUCCUUCCGGGCCCUUGAGGUAAAGAACAGCCAGCCGUGGCGAGGAGUGGGGAAGCCACACACACUCCAGGCUCCUCCGGUGUGCCAGCCGGAACUGGGGACACCAGGCCCAAGGACCCCAGUGUCACAGCCAAGCCCUCCCCCAGAAAAUUAGUGCCCCAAAGCAGCAAGUUGAACAUCCGGAGAUGCCUGCUCUGGAGCUUCUUUAGCUCGCCUUGGAAGAGUCUCCCGGGGGGGCGUCACCAGCCAUGGGGUGAUCAAUAAACUACAGGCUCUACAGAAAACGUUGUGCAUGGA